AUGGCCUCCAACGAAGACGCUCCGCCCUCGGCGGCUACUGAAGCCGUCCUGGUGAAAUCCGAGGAGAUGCCCAAGGACGCACAGAAAGUUGAGGAGUUGGACUUUAACAAGCUCAAAGGACCUAUCACGGCGGAGGACCUCUACGAAGGCAUGCGCCACAUGGGAUUCCAAGCUUCUUCUAUGUGUGAAGCUGUGAAGAUUAUCAACGAUAUGCGUGCUUGGAAAGACCCUGAGACGGGAGACAAGACAACUAUCUUCUUGGGUUAUACUUCAAAUCUCAUCUCUUCAGGCCUCCGAGGCGUUCUUCGUUGGCUUGUGGAGCAUAACCACGUCUCGUGCAUUGUUACCACUGCAGGCGGUAUUGAGGAGGAUUUCAUCAAGUGUCUCGGCGACACUUAUGUUGGCUCAUUCAGUACCCCUGGAGCUGAUCUCCGUCGCAAGGGUCUCAACCGUAUCGGAAACCUUGUCGUACCUAAUGCAAACUACUGCGCGUUCGAGGACUGGGUUGUUCCUAUCCUCGAUAAAAUGCUUGAGGAGCAAGAAGCCAGCAAGGGUAAAGGUACCGAGGAGAUCAACUGGACACCGUCCAAGGUAAUUCACCGUCUUGGCAAGGAGAUCAACGACGAGCGAUCUGUUUACUAUUGGGCGUACAAGAACAACAUCCCCGUAUUUUGUCCUGCCAUCACUGAUGGAAGUCUGGGAGACAUGCUCUACUUCCACACUUUCAAGACCUCACCUCUGCAGCUGAAGAUCGAUCUGGUCGAGGACAUUCGCCGCAUUAAUACCAUCGCCGUCCGAGCCAAGCGAGCCGGUAUGAUAAUUCUAGGCGGUGGUAUCAUCAAGCACCACAUUGCCAACGCAUGCUUGAUGCGAAACGGUGCUGAAUCAGCUGUCUACAUCAACACAGCGCAAGAAUUCGACGGCAGUGAUGCUGGUGCGAGACCAGACGAGGCUGUAUCAUGGGGCAAGAUCAAGAUUGGUGCUGAUCAUGUGAAGGUUUACAUGGAGGCCACAGCAUGCUUCCCAUUCAUCGUGGCAAACACCUUUGCAAAGGAUAUUGGAAAAUCCGAUCAAAAUUAA